AUGGGAGAAGCACCACCCCAAGAAAAGGAGCACAUCCUCUGCAUGUCGCCAUUCAAGGAAGACAAGAGCAUCACGGAUAGCAUUAAGAAGAAGCAUCCUAAUGUUAGCAUCACAUAUCGAGAGUCAUACUACAAGAAAGGGACACCGCUAGAUACACAUAUUCCAGACGAAUUAUUAAAAGAUGCUACUAUUCUCGUCACCCUGUUCAAGCUCCCCACACCCAAACAGGCCAAGAAUCUCAAGUUCAUACAUCUCUUCAGUGCCGGCGCUGAUCGACUCCCCGAAACGCCGAUAUGGAAAGAAACCAAUAUCCCAUUCACGAACUCGUCGGGCGUCCACGGACCUCAAAUUUCUGAAUGGGUGAUCUUGCAGAUUCUAAGUGCUUCGCAUAAGGAGAAAGUGAUGGUGGAAUGGCAGAAGAAACAUAUCUGGGGAAACCAGAGCGAGCUGGGCAAUUUGCGGGAUGGCGUAGGACAACGCCUCGGUGUCCUAGGAUACGGAGCUAUUGGACGACAAACUGGACGAAUAGCCAAAGCCCUCGGCCUCGACGUAAUCGCCUACACAGCCAGCCCCCGCAACACCCCCGAGAGCAAAAAAGACCGCGGAUAUAUCGUCCCCGGCACCGGUGAUCCAGAUGGUGUUAUACCCAGCAAAUGGUACAGCGGACUUGACAAAGCAUCCCUCCACAACUUCCUCUCACAAGACAUUGACAUCCUCCUCGUCUCCGUCCCCCUAACGCCCCAAACACGGCAUUUUCUCGCCGCCGCCGAAUUUGCGAUCCUCGGCAAGAAGAACGCCUUCAUCGUCAACAUCGCUCGCGGCGCGAUUAUACAACAGGAUGAUUUAAUCACUGCUGUUAAGAAGAGUAAGGACGAGGGGGGUCUGAGGGGCGCGGCGUUGGAUGUUACGGAUCCAGAACCGCUGCCGGCUGAUAGCGAGUUGUGGGAUUUGGAGAACGUGGCUAUCACGCCGCAUGUCAGUGGAUUGGGGACGCUGUAUGCGCAGAGGAGUUUUGAGAUCUUGGAGAGGAAUUUGACGAGGUUGGAAGAUGGGGAUAAGCUUAUCAAUGUGGUGGAUAGGAAGAAGGGGUAUUAA